UUGUGACUCGGAUAACUCCCCAUGGGACACCUUCUUCGAUACACUGUAACCGAUGCACAACAGCUUGAUAUGACACUUGUGACUUUCUGUGAACUUAGGUUUCGAAGUUUUUGUAAGGUACCAACUAUCAGAUAAGGUAUGAUGACUGAUCUAAAACAACUAUUAAUUAAUCAUUGAGCAAAAAAAAAAGAAAGAAAAAAAGCCAAGGGAGAGGAAAAUUACUUUUCACUUUUAUUUUGAUUCAAUUUGAUAAGUGUAGAAACUUGACGUUGUUUUCCUUUGUUGCAUGUAGGUUUUUAAAUUGCUUUUAGUAUUGCCUUGAAAUUCAUAGUUCUGUUUUAAAGUAAGACGCUACUACAUUAUUCAGGCAAAAGUUUUAUUAGUUAAUUUGUUCGUUGGCUUUUUGAAAUUAUUCUUGGCUAAAAUCUAAGUCCAGUCCUUAGCAGAUAAUGUUUUAAAAUAUUUAAAUCCAAAAAGUUUGCUAAGCCGUUUAUUUUUCGAUUUUUUUCAAUAGAACUAACCGAGCAACAUAGAUCAGAGAUUAUGCUUGACUUUAAGACAUGCCUUUGAACCAUAUUGGGUCGGGAAAUUAGAUUGCAAAAGAACCUUUGAGUUUUAUAAUUUGAUGGACAAGAUGGGGCUCCAUCGACUGAGGUUAUUCUCAACACAAUAGGUGGAUUUCGUUGAACCUGUCAACGUUUACUAUCACUGAGUCGAAUGUGAGAUUUUUUUUUUUUUUGACUGGAGCUCUUUCACUUUAAGAGUGCAAUACGAAUCCGCCGUAAGAAAAAAGAUGGCGACUGGUACAUUUACCCAUAACUCUUAGCGCACGGAAACUUAACGCUCAUAAAAAUGUACAGACGCGUUCUAAAAUCUUCAAACCUAACACACACAAUGUCGAUAGCACAGGCACAAAUACCGCAAAAAUCUGGCUUUCCUUGUACUUUACGGGCUGUAUUAGGCUCGCAUGGUAUUGUGGUAAAACGUACAGCCGCCAUCUUUUUUCCUACGAGGAUUGCCGUCCAUUUCCUUUUUGGUCGAAAAGUGGUUAAAUAGUCCUUUAAAAAAAAAAAAACCUUCCAGAAAAGACUGUCGAAUUUCUGCGUUUUUGUUUUAAUUCUUAUUUUCUGUACCUCUCAGAUCUUCAGAGUUAGUAACUCAGACACAACUCCUCCCCCCACCCAAGUUAAAAAGUGUGUGAGGAGGGUAGGUGGCUAAAUGCGUGUCUGCUGGACUUUGGAACCGAACGCGAAUGAUCUUCGUCCGAGCGAGCCUGGGGUCAUGGGCAAGACAGGUUUUUUAGACGGGUACUGGCGUAGCCAGUGCAGGCUUUUUCCGUACAUGUGUUCACGAAUUACCUGUGUUAGCUCGCGAUCAAGUAGAUUCACCACCAUGUUCGCUUUACUCCUCUUUCAGCCUAACUCCCACUCCCUAGGACGUUUUUCAUAUCUCCCAAAGCCUUUGCAGAGUUUGAAUCCAAGAUACGCUCCCGUGAUCAAAAUACGCUCGCCCUCCAAAAAAAUGGGUAUAGAUGGGUAACAGCAAGUUGCUGUUACCCAUUCCCUUGCUAUGGAAACUGAGAUUGGCUGGGUCUUAGUCAGCCUUCAUCCGCCGAGACUAUGCAUUACCUUCCCUGAUAGUAAGAGUUUGAUACUGCUAAAAAAUGCUUUCCAGAUACAAGGGUUAUGCAUAACUUUUCUUUCAGAUAUUUAAUGGUGCCAACGUUUUUAUUGGGACUAAACAAUGUUUUUAAUCUGUAGACAUAGUAGUCUCCCAGGGUCAAUCUGGCUUGAGUUCGAAAGUGAGAAGACGAUUUUCCCGGAAACGAUUCGAAUCUUUCUGAGAAUAUUAACUUGGUGUCUGUCUGCACUCCUGAUACAGGGUAUCUUGAUCUUAUUGUUUUAAGAAUAAACGUGGAUGCAAAUAGUUGACCUGCUGCCUUUUUUUUUCUGGUUUGAAAAGGUUAAAACCUCUGCUGGAGUUUCACACUCAUUAAAACAAAAACAGGUUAUUUUAGAAAUAUUAACUUACCACUUCCUGCACCCCACAUUUCCGGAAAUGACAUUGCAGUUUCUGAGAAAUUCAGCUUGUGAUUUGAUUGGUUCACCAUGCAUACUAAGUUGCAGGAUCGUAUUUUAUACUUGCCCCAACAUACUUACCUUCUCUUGCUCGGAAAGUGGAACCACUUAAUACGAAGAUUAUUUGCGGAGCAUUGCGGUAUAUGAUGAUUGUGGAACAACUGGGCAAUCGGCAAGUCCUUUGAUGUUAUACGGACGACAUUUCACCGGACGGUAUCUGGCUCAGUUGACUUCGUCGCACAUUUCAGCCGCUCUAUCCUGUUUCAGAGGUACCGUCAACUGAUGGCCAAAUGGCGAGGCCAAAGAGGUAGUAGAAGGGGAAGUGGAAAGAAAUAUGGAAGAGGCAGUGGAAUGGAAGGUGGAAGGGAUGCUGGAAGAUGGGAUGGAAGAGCUGGUACAAGAAGAGGAAGAAUAGAAAAUGGAACGUUGGGUCUUGGUGGCGACGGAACUCCAAGAAACCAGUUUGAGGUUAAGUUAGGAUUCACGGAACUUCAAGCCCUGGAGACCAAAACCCCGGACGAAAUCACCCUCCAUUUAACAUCGAGUCGAUGUUUCCAAGCCACGGAGUAUUUAUUCAAACAGCAGUCAAAAAUGGAAGAUCAGUGGAUUGUCCUGAUCGUGAACAUUGUUACGAAAGCCUGCGACAGCAGCUCCAAAGAGGGUCUGUUGAAGCUACUAAACCUGCUACCAGGGUCGUCGUUUCUCAAUUUGCAACUCAGACCAUACCUGAACAAGCUAUCUGUUAACAGCUGCAGCUUACCUCCUUCUGACGUCGCGGUAGUUUUGAGAAAUGUUGUGAAAAUAAUGAACGAAUUGCUCCGAAGAUUCCCGAGCUGUUAUGCUGAUCUUCCGUUAUCCGACCUGUACUGUGGAACAAGAAUGCUGUCUGACACAGGACAGUUAGCAGAUGAUGCCCUCGUGACGGAGGUGGAUGAAAUAAUGAAUUUGAGAAUCCAAAAGGCCGAGGAGUUAAAGAGGAAGGAAGAAGAACGGCAAAAAAGAAGGAAGCCUCGCAGAGAUGCUGGAGUGAACGAUGAUGUAAAUCCACCGGAAAAUUUUCGUAGGCUCUCUGUUGUUCCAACUCAGGAGGACAUCUUGUCAGGAGGACGACCCUUCCUCAGAAGGAACAAAAUUGAUGGAAGCUACAAUGACGUGGAACAUUAUUUGGACGUACAAUUUCGACUCCUUCGUGAAGAUUUCGUGCGACCCCUUCGUGAAGGGAUCACGCAGUUGAUGGAGCGUUUAGGCUCUGCUAAAAUAGAUGCCUAUCAGGACAUUCGUCUGUACAAUAACGUUCGGUUGUUGUAUCCUGUAUGUACGUCCAACGGUCUCCGUUACCGGAUCAAGUUUGACAACUCCAAACUCAGGCAUGUACGCUGGGAGAACAGCAAACGACUCAUCUUUGGUUCGUUGAUGUGUUUAUCCAAGGACAAUUUUGAAAGUGUUUUGUUUGCCACCGUGGCUAACCGGGAGCUUUGGAGCAUAAGACAAGGUAUGGUGGACAUUCAGUUCAUCGGAACAUAUGAUUUCGAGAAACUUGAAGAAAGUGACGUGUAUCAGAUGGUGGAGAGCACUGCCUUCUUUGAAGCUUAUCGUCAUGUGCUUGAGGGAUUGAAGGAAAGUACUCCCGGAGAAUUGCCUUUGCAGAAUUACAUCGUAAAUUGCAAGAAAGAACUUGAACCACCCACCUAUUUGAAGAACGGGCUUCAAGGACGAGUGACCUAUGAUCUCUCGCCCAUUAUGAAGACGACGAGUUGCCGUAAAUUUAAAUCUUUGAGGAAAGAUUUUGCACGCCUGGACAUUACAGUUAACUUGAAGGGCAAGUCUCGAAGAGCACCUACUGCUGUUCCACUCCUAAACCUGGCCUGUUGGCCGUCCGCGGAAGAUCUCGGUCUUGAUGACUCUCAGUUCAGGGCGCUACAAAUGGCGCUGACUAAAGAAUUCGCAGUCAUCCAAGGACCGCCAGGAACUGGAAAGACAUAUAUUGGGUUGAAGAUUGCCAAUGUACUGCUACAUAACAAGGAGAAAUGGGACACUGAUAGAGACCCUGGUGAUGGAGCUAAGCAUCGCCCAAUCCUGGUUGUCUGUUACACAAACCACGCGCUCGAUCAGUUUCUAGAAGGAAUCCAUCAGUUUCAUCCUAAGGGGAUUGUCCGAGUUGGGGGAAGGAGUCAGAGCGAGACUAUGAAGGCCUGCAGUCUGUCGCAACUGAAGCACGAAAUGCACGAGCGCGGGCAAGUUCCCCGUCACAUCAGAACGGCGUUUUAUGAGGCUCAUGUGCUAAUGGACUACACUAUGGAAAAGUUACAUGCUGAAACGCAAGCUUUACAGAAAUGCCAUGAAAACGUUCUUCAUGAAGAUGAGAUGCGUUAUCGCGCCCAGAGCAUGACGGCCGCUCAUUACGAGUCUUUGAGGCAGCCUUUUGGUGAAAUAGCAGGGCAUAAAUGGAGUGCUAUGUUGCAGUGGCUACAGCUGUUUGUGAAUUCAGCCAAUCUGGGAGAAGGGUCUUCAAUGUUAGCGGAAGCGGAAGUAGAAGAAGCAGAGCCACUAGAAGCAGAAAAUGAAGGGGACGAUGACGAUAACGAUGAGAACCCGGAUGUGCUGUACGAAGCGAAUGUUAUGAAGGAUCAGAGAAUGCUGGACGAUGAUGAUGUUAAAGUGCUCGGCUCGAAGUCAAAAGGAAAAACCAAUACACAGCUAAAAGUUUUGAAUCCGUUUGUUUGUAUUGGGGAAAGUGACAACCAAUGGCAAAUACAAAGGGCUCAUCGACUAAAAAGAAAAUUAAAGAGGACCAUGAUUCACGAACUGAGGAAAAAGGACGUCAUGCCAAAUGACAGAGCGAAAAUGGUGACAAAUGUUUGGAAUUUGAACCUUAAAGACCGUUGGAGUUUGUACAGACUAUGGGUGAUGGACGUGCGUCAGCGUUACCGCCGCGCGAUCUCGCACGUCCACCGUGAAUUUGAAUGGGGUGUCGAGCGUCUGAAGAAAGCAAAGGCCAUGCAAGACUUGGAGACACUCGAGCAUGCUGAUGUCAUUGGCAUGACUACCACAGGUGCAGCUAAGUAUCGCAAGAUUUUGCAGAGUUUGCGACCGCGAAUAACUAUUGUUGAAGAAGCCGCUGAAGUACUGGAGUCACACAUUGUUACAUCAUUAACUCCCGGAUGUCAGCACUUGAUUCUGAUUGGCGAUCAUCAGCAACUCCGUCCCAAUCCCACAGUCUACGACCUAGCCAAACACUACAACCUGGACGUGUCGCUAUUCGAAAGAAUGGUGAAGAAUGGGAUGCCAUUUACAAGACUACGUUUGCAGCAUCGCAUGCGACCUGAAAUCUCCAAAAUGCUGGAGCACAUUUAUUUUGAUCCAAAGUUGGAAAAUCAUGAAUCGGUGAUGAAUUUUGACAACAUUAAGGGCGUGGCUCAUAACGCAUUCUUUGUGGACCACGAGGAAAGUGAGGAUUUUACAGUGGAAGGAAUGAGCAGGUCAAAUAAGCAUGAAGCCAAAUUCAUAGCAGCCCUUUGUCGCUACCUCAUCCUUCAGGGUUAUGAAAGAGAGCGAAUCACAAUCUUAACAGCUUACGUUGGCCAGUUAACACAGCUCCAAAAAGAACUUGUGCCUAAAGAUUUUUUCAGCGGAGUUCGAGUCUGCGCAGUGGACAAUUUCCAAGGCGAAGAAAAUGACAUCAUUCUUCUGUCACUUGUUCGAAGCAAUGAAGAAGGCAAAAUCGGUUUCCUGCAGAUAGAAAACCGGGUUUGCGUAGCGUUGUCACGCGCUAAGAAAGGGUUUUUCUGUAUCGGUAACAUCAGUCUUUUGGAAGCAAAGAGUACAUUGUGGAGCAAAAUAAUCAAGGAUAUGCGAGAGCGUGGGAAUGUGGGAAAAGCAUUGAUGCUGAUGUGCCAAAACCACCCGAAAAACGUGAUCCACGCCUCAUGUGCUGAAGACUUUGAAAAGGCACCCGAUGGAGGCUGCACCAUACCAUGUGCCGCACGACUUGAGUGUGGUCACGUGUGUGAAAUGAUGUGUCAUCCAGUGGACCCAGAGCACCUAGAAUACGAGUGCCAUAAGCCCUGCACUGAGACUUUGUGCGCGCUGAAUCAUAAGUGCCCUGAUCUAUGCUACUUAGAAUGCGGGCCUUGUAUGGAGCCUUUAGAAAAGACCCUUCCACGUUGUGGCCAUCUUCAAGUGGUUCCUUGCUACAUGUGCGAUGACCUUUCUGAAGUAAAAUGCCAAAUAGCCUGUUCAAAGAUCUGGCCGUGUGGACAUAAAAACGAGACGAAAUGCCACGUGGAUCCACUGCACAGUCCAUGCACGACUCCUUGUGAUAUGCCCUUAAAGUGUGAACACCCUUGUGUUGGUGACUGCGGUAGCUGUCUGCGUGCUCUAGUCCAUGCGUCAUGCAAUGCACAGUGUAAUCGCACGCUACUUUGUGGUCACAACUGUAGUGAACCAUGCAGCAAAACCUGCCCUCCAUGCAAAGAAAGCUGUAGCAACUACUGCAAGCACAUCAAGUGCACGAAGAAAUGUGGUGAACCGUGUGAUCCUUGUAACGAGAAAUGCAUCUGGCGUUGCCAACAUCAUAAAUGCACAAAAUUGUGUCGGCAGCUUUGCGACCGUCCUCGAUGCAAUUUCCCGUGUACAAAGCUACUUCCCUGCGGGCAUCCCUGUAUUGGUCUUUGUGGGGAAAUAUGCCCGAAGAAGUGCCGAGAGUGUCACAAAGACGAGGUGACGGAGAUAUUUUUCGGAACGGAAGAUAAGCCUCGUGCUAGAUUCGUGGAGCUGGCAGACUGCGGUCACGUGUUUGAGGUUGAAAUGAUGGAUCAGUGGAUGGACCAGGCGCAAACAAUGCCUGAUGGGAAGUCUGUUGAUGUUCAAGUGAUCCUGAAGCGCUGUCCAAAGUGUAAAAUUCCGAUCCGUUCAAGUUUAAGGUACGGCAACGUUGUCAAGAAGAUCCUCAGAGAUUUCGAAGAGAUAAAACAAAAACUUUCACACGACAAACGUCGGUGUGACCAAAAGGUAGAGAGGCUUAAAUCGAAGGUGGAGAAGAUUGACGAGACUGACCGAUUUCCCAACGACCAAGACAAAAUCAAAAGGAUGCUGGAUCGUGAGAAUCUCACGGAUGAACAAAUCAACUUGAUUGACAACCAAAUCAGGUUUUUGGCUUUUCUUCAGACACUAAAAGCUAAUAUAGGCUCUUUUAAAGCUGAUAAACGUUCCCGGGAAACGAAGAAAGACCUAGAGAAUAAAAUUGGACAGCUCCGGGACCGUGUGAUGGGGUCUCAGGUUCAAUUCAGCUACCAAGAACGAGAAGAACUAAAAGAAGAAAUGUUCAGAACAAAGCUUCUAAUCGACCUCAGAAUGCUUAAGAUGCAGCUUGACAUCCGGGGUAUUCAGUUGGGAGACACUGACACUGUGGUGGUUGACUAUAUUGAAGAAGUAUUGGAUUCAGAGAAGAAAAUCGACAAAAAACGCCGAGAGCGAUACAGGGCUCGUAUUGAACGGAUCAGACUUCAACAAAAAGGGGUUCACCAGGGGGCUGCAAGAGAAGAGAAAGAUCUCAUUGUGAAGGGAAGGGGAAUGACACAGGGACAUUGGUUCAAAUGUCUAAACGGUCACAUCUUCUGCAUCACAGAAUGUGGUGAAACGAUCAGAGAAACCAAAUGCCGAAAAUGUCUCCGCAAAACAGUCGAUGACCGUAAUAACUGGUCACGAAUAACCACACCGCGUGUCUGGAGAAAGAAAUGAUCAAAGUUCAAUUAGGAGACCACGACAGCCUCGUUAACAGUGAUCUGUCCCAUGUGAUGUCGAUUGGAGAAGUUGUUAUUGUGCGUGCUCAUGUACCAGUACUCUCCAGGCUUCUUGAUACGGAAACACGGCGGGUUGCAGGAAGCUGGGGCGUUUUUCAACUGAUUCUGAAGAUUUAACGUAGUAGCGUCAAAAUCAACUGAAUCAACCACUUCAAAAGGCAAGCUGGAGCAAGCUGCUGGUUUGAGAGAACUGCAUCCUUCCUUUACCCGACAAACGUUUGUGCAAUCCGUACCUGAAAUUAAAGCGAAGUCAAUUUCGUCUCAUUGGUAGAUUAUUUGUUGUUUGUUGAAAGUUUAUGUUUGAUUGAUACCUCCCGAGAUGAAAUUGUCCCACUAUCAAAGCUCAGUGUUCAACGAACACAUUCAAUGAAAUAUCGAAUUGGACAAAUAGGAGCCAGUUGCUGAAAGAUUGAUGUUAGAAACACUAAGCAGUAGACCAUUACUUGAUAAGACUCUAUGUUUUAGCUGGACAUUAUUUGAACUAUUCAGUUUAGUGUGUAGCUCACCGAGAUGGUGUUACUGAGCAAGUAAAGAGCAACUCAGAUACAUGUUAACGUCUACAUGGCGGUAAUUACAUUCCUCGGUUUUUUUUAUGAAGGUUCGAUAAAUCAACUGAAUUAUUCCAGCAAAAGUCUAAGGAGGGUGAAGGAAAUAAGCAGAUACAUUUGCGCAUUACUUUCAAAAUUUUUUACUUUAGUUUCGCUUUUUUUGAUCUUGUAAUCGCCCGCGCGGUGUCAAAACAAGGCUCUCAAUUUCGUUCCGCGUGUUAAUUAUCUUUUGACAAUUACUUCCAUGGUUUACCUUGAAUCUUCAGAUACACCUUGGCUGAGACCUUUAUGAAAGUAUAAAGUUAUGAUUUUUUGAUACGUUUGUUCUUUGAA